AAAAAAAAAAAAACUCGGAGCAGGUGAGCACGGCAACUGGGACCCCAUCAUCCCAAGCGGGGAUCCUUAUUCGUGUUUUGUGGAUGAUACUAGAAAUUACUAGCGUCCAAGAAAGUGUGGGUGUGAGAGCUAGAGGAGUACAAAGAAAAGCUUGCACAAACAGAUGAUCAGACAGCACUGCAGUACCAGAAGAAGGGAACAGACUCGGCCCCCAGCUGUGAUCUUGGGACAGGCUUGUUCAGAGAUGAGCCGGGAACAACUUGAAACUGAUGGGGGGUCUGGUAUGGAGGACCUGGAAUUUAGCUGGGAUGAUUAUCUUGAGGAGACUGGAACUGUGGCAGCACCUCACAGCGCCUUCAAACAUGUUGAUAUGAGCUUGCAAAAUGGCUUUAGUUCUGGGAUGAAGCUGGAGGUUGGCAACAAGGGGGACCCUGACACCUACUGGGUUGCAACAGUUAUCAUGACGUGUGGACAACUUCUUCUUCUACGCUAUGAUGGUUAUGGUGAUGACCGUCGAGCAGACUUCUGGUGUGACAUCAUGACAGCAGAUGUGCAUCCCUUGGGCUGGUGUGGUCAGAACAACAAAGCUUUCAGGCCCCCUGAAGGGAUUCGUGAGAAAUAUACAGACUGGGCUGCCUUCUUAGUUCAAACACUAACUGGUGCAUAUAGUGCUCCUGCCAACCUUCUUGAAGGGCCCCACCGGGGUAGGAACCCCUUGGACAUCCUUAGUCCUGGCUGUAAACUAGAGCUCCAGGGCGCAGACAAUCCUCUGGAAGCCUGGCCUGUAAUAGUUAAGGAAAACCUUGGCGGUCGACUGCAUCUUCAGUACUUAGGCUUGGAGAAUCACACCGAACUUGACCGCUGGAUUUUUUACCUUGACCCAUUCCUCCAUCCUGUUGGCUGGGCUAAACAGCAGGGAUUUAUGCUCAGACCACCACAAGCAGUCAAGGAUAUGAAGAGUGAGUCAGAGUGGCAACAGACACUGCAAAGUCUUCCAACUGACCUAGAGGAUUACGCUAUGCUGGAUCUUUGCUUUAAGGAUAAGCCAGAAUUUGCCACUCACUCGUUUUUUACUGGAAUGAAACUUGAGGCUGUUGAUCCUGCUUCACCAUUUGCAAUCAGCCCUGCUACUGUAGCAAAAGUGUUCAGUGAGAAGUUCUUCUUGGUAGAGAUUGACAACCUUUGUGGUGAAUUAAAUGAUAGAAUAUCGUUUGUGUGCCAUGCGAACAGUGGUGGGAUCUUUCCAGUACAAUGGUGUAUGAAGAAUGGAGUACACCUUACACCCCCUAAAGGAUUCACAGGACAGGACUUUGAUUGGGCAGAUUACCUAAAGCAAUGUGGAGCUCAGGCAGCACCUCAGUCUUGUUUUCCAAAUGAGGAAACUGAUCAUGGUUUUAAGGAAAAUAUGAAGCUGGAAGCUGUGAACCCACUUUGCCCAGAAGAUAUCCAUGUAGCUACCAUUACCAGAUUGAAAGGGAAUCAUAUCUGGCUUCAUCUUGAAGGUUUAAAGAAGCCAAUACCAGAUUGUAUUGUUCAUGUGGAAUCCACAAACAUUUUCCCAGUCAGUUGGUGUGAAACAAAUGGAUAUUUACUGUGUCACCCACGGAAACCUAAAGUUAAGAAGCAGAGAAAAGUAGCUGUUGUCCAGCCUGAGAAGCAAAUGUUGCCUAGUCAUAUUAUAACAGAUGGUUUGAGAAGUCAGGACUGCAAUUCUGCUGAAGCAGGGCUUAGCAAUGGCAAGUACUACUGUCCAAAAAUCUACUUUAACCAUCGUUGCUUUUCUGGUCCAUACCUCAACAAGGGUCGAAUUGCAGAGCUACCAAGAUCUGUAGGUCCCGGGAACUGCGCCUUAGUUCUGAAGGAGGUGCUUUCUCUGUUAAUUAAUGCUGCCUACAAGCCGAGCCGUGUCCUGAGAGAGUUACAGCUGGAUGAAGAUGCCCGCUGGAGGGGCUACAGUGAAACCCUCAAAGCGAAAUACAAAGGGAAAAGCUACCGAGCCACUGUUGAAAUUGUGAGGACGGCUGACCAGGUGACAGAUUUUUGUCGUAAGACUUGUAUUAGACUGGAAUGCUGCCCGAACCUGUUUGGUCCAAAGAUGGUGACGGAGGGCUGCUCUGAAAACUGUUCUGUUCUGACCAAAACAAAGUACACAGCUCAUUAUUAUGGUAGAAAGAGAAGUAGGAGGGUUGGCCGGCCCCCAGGAGGCCACACAAAUCUAGAAGGAGGAGUUAAAAAGGCAAGCAAAAGGAGAAAACGACGGAAGCACUUCUUUGUUCACAAAAAGAAACGAUCAUCAUUAUCUGUGGACAACACUCCUGCAGGAUCACCACAGGGAAGUGGUGACGAGGAAGACCUUGAUGAGGAGGAGUCUAUCUCUGAAGACUCUGGCUCUGAGCAACAGGAUGAACUGAUGGAUGAUUCUGAGGUUUCAGAAAAGAAGUCUCAGCCUUCCUCUCCUUCACAAGGUGACCUCUCUCUUUCCCGCUCUUCUAGUCGGGACCGAGACAAGAGGAAGAGAAAAAGCCACAGCUUUUCUUCUGAUGAUGAGAACAAACCACCCUCACAGAGGAUGAGUGCGGAUAUGGAGGACAGAUUGCAGCUUGAAAGCAGUCCACUAGAGUGGAGUGUAGCUGAUGUGGUUCGGUUCAUCAAGAAGACAGACUGUGCUCCCCUGGCACGGAUUUUUCUUGAUCAGGAAAUUGAUGGCCAGGCUUUGCUUCUGCUGACUCUUCCUACAGUUCAGGAGUGCAUGAACCUGAAAUUAGGACCUGCAAUCAAACUGUGCCAUCACAUUGAAAGAGUAAAGCUUGCCUUUUACAAACAGUUUGCCAACUGACUGAGUUUGCAUUCUUCCACUCUGCCUAAAAAGCAGUUUCAAAGGAGCUACGGAUCUCUGAAGAUGCAGCACUCGUAAGAGAGGACCAGACACAAGACUUCCUCCAGACAAAGCUGUGUCAUUAUUUGCCUGUUUUUGGACUAGGCAAACAGUUGAGGUCGGAGAUUACUCUCAGUACGAUCAUUUGCUUGAGUGGCAAUCUGAUAGAGGAUUUGGUGACUGGGGGUCUCUAAACCUCCCUGGACUAUUUUGAAAUCGCAAAUGAAGCAAAAAAAAAAAAAGCACAAGACUAAAUCUCUGAAUAGCAUGUUGCAAUUUGGAGAGGUGCAGCAGGGUGCAUAUAAACUUUGUGUACAUAUUUAAAUUAUUUUCCCCCUGGGAAUUAAUAAUAAUUUUUCUAUGUUAUGCUUUACAUUGGUUGAACCAGAAUUUACCAGUUUUCUUGCUUCCUGUUUCUUCUUUAACAUAUACUUGUAUUACUGAUGUUAACAGAAAGGGUACAGAGUGUGUGAGUGGAUGGUCCUGCUGUAUGAAACUUUGCACAGUUGAGUAGUGAGGCAUAAUAAUAAUGGCAUCUUUUGGGUUUAUGCACAGCAUGUGUAUAUGGGCAGCUAGGUGCAGAAUAAAAGUGGCCAUUUUAUGCAGGGGUUGUUAAUCUACUCAUUGGACAAAAAAAAAUCUGAGUGUAGCCACUUAGUCAUCUUUUUAUAUGCUUUUUGUUUUUCAAAAUUAGAUGAUCUCUUCAGAUUAUUCUGAUUAAUUAUAAAAAGUGCAAAGAAUAUCAGACUUACUAUAGUUGCUCACAUAAUCACUGCAUUUUUGUUCUUACUUUGAUUUUUAUGGAGAGCUCUUUAGUUUGUGCCACUGUAUUCAUUAAUUACAGACACUCAUGCAUGAGGUCGCAGUCAUUGGAUCUUUAAUGAGAACUGCUGUUUCCUUAUCUCCUUUAACGGACUCUGCAACUUUACUUUCAUAAGGACUGAAGGAGCUUUACUACCUUUAUCAGUUGUUUGCUCUGGUAAUUGCAUUGUCAUUUUAUCUUUUCUGUUAGACUUUCUUUCUAUCCUUAGGCACAAUUUUGUUUCAGCCACAUUUCAUAUUCACCCAGUUCACCUAUUAGAAAACACCUUCUUGUUUGAAUGUCUGCAAUGGGUGGUGGGAUGGACAUGUAGCAGAUCAUGUUAAAUGAUACAGUAAUAUUGCAUUUUGAUUAUGUUCCAUGACAAACAAAACACUUUUUUGGUGAACUCUGUUUUCUGGUAUGUUAAUGCAUGGAAUGCAAGACUGAAGGAGGACAGGCAAGAUUAGCUGAAAUUGUGGCUUUAUCAGGUGUUUUUUUUUUAGUGAAUCAUGUAUUUCCUUACUUGCUGAUUUUUGUUGGUAAGUGACAUACACCAACAGGUAAAGAAGGGGACAGGGCAAACAACAGUAUAAAAUUCACUUUUACCCAAAUAUGUUAGUGCUUGCAAAAAAAGAAAUCUUUCAUGGAUUAAAUUAGAAUCUAUGCAAGCUUUAAAUUCACAACCUCUAGGUUUGAUGCUGGUGAGGAUCUUUGCACGCUUCUUAUUCUUGUCCUGGCAAUAUGGCAAUGGCUCCUGAAUGUUUUUCCCUUAUGGCUUAUAGAUAAAUCAUAUGGAUAGAUGUAUUGCUAUGUCUCCUGUGACUAUGGCGAAUUUCACAGCAAUUAAUGUAAUGUUUUCAGUGUGCAGUUUAAAGAUUUGAAAUAUGUUUAGAGCGAAACUUACUCAUGCUUCAUGAGACAGUUUACUGUGAGGAUACAUUUGCCACGUUUGGUUGUACCUGCAUCAUCUCAGCUUCAGGUCCAUCCUGACAGAGCAAAUAUGUUUUAAUGGGGCUUAGCUACAAGAGAGGGUGGCCUUCAAAUUCAAUUUGACAGUAGAACAGAGGGAUUAUUGAUAGAGGGUUCAAACCUGGAAAGGUAGUUUAAUCUGUGUUGGGACAGACAAGAUGGUAGUGGUGAGUGCCAGGGUGAAUGAGUCUGUGUAAGCUGCAUAUUGAAAUAUUUAAUAGCAGAUAUCAAAGCAAAGUUGCGUUUAGUUUUCCACGUGUAUCACAAUUUUUUGUUGUGUAUUAUUUCAUCAUCAGUUCAGAAGAUGUGAUUGCGUUUCCAUUCAGUACUCAUUUUUACUUUGUGGUCAGUUCACAAAAUAUGAAGAAGGUUUACAGUUGUUCAUAUGGAAAAAGACAUGCAGGUCAUGAUUAUUAAAAUAACUUUAUAACCUCAAAAGAGUGGCACAGUGCAUUUACGUACCGUCUCGUAAAUACUUAAAUUGAUGGCCUUCAUUAUUUAUACAUUUUUGUAGUCUACUUGCUACACUCAAGGAUGCUUUGGCACAAGUUCCUUAUUGUCAUCAGUUUCUUGACAUGCUUCUCUUACUGUGUGUAGCGAAUCAUAUCAUCCACAGUAUGUGGUUUUCGUGAAAAGACUUCAUUUUUGACGACGCCACAAAAGAAGUAGUCCUUUGGGGUGAGGUCUGGUGAUCAUGGUUGCCAUUCCAGUGGCCCUCAUCGACCUUUCCACCUGUUGGGUAAUUGCACAUCAAGAAACUCGUGCACUGUUCUGGCACAGUGUGGAGGAGCUCUGUCUUGUUUAAAGAAGAAGUCUUCAUUAUCAUGCUGUCUCUGUAAUUGUGGUAAAAGUGUCCCUCAGCAUGUUAACAUACAGGUUUUGCAUAAAAGUUGUAUAAAAAAAUAGGUCCAAGUACUCCUUUACACAGAAGACCCACUCAAACUGUAAUCCUUAGCUGAUUCAACUGUUCUUCUAUCGUUACAUGGGAAUUUACUGUUGACAAGCACAGGCUGAGUUGUGCUGAUUCACAGCUUUGUUGGUCCACAUAAUUUUAUCAGUGAUGACUUUCUUCAUUCAUAAUCACUUUUCCCAAUUCUAAUCGGUGAUCUGGAUCAUCCUCUGAUAACCUAUGAAGCAGUCUUGACCGAUGCAAUGUUUAGGUUUGAAAAUGUAUUAUUAGUGUAAUCAAAGAUCUAUGCGAAAUGCGUAACUCAAUAGAAGCUCUUUGUAUUGAUUUUUUGGGGCUCUUAGUAAAUGCCUGACUCACUAACAUUUCAUUUUCGUGGGUAGUAACGCCAACCACUUUUCAGAGUAUUAUAGGUGGACCCAGUUUCAUCAAAUUUAUCGUGUGUUCUGUAAAUUGUUUGACUUCUUGGUGGAGGUGUAUCAUAUUCUUCAGUCCCUUUCUGUCAAACCUUUUCGGCAUUCUCUGUCUUCCAGUAUUGCUUAAGUAUCCACUUUUGUUGGUUAAAUUACCAGCCAUCAUUGUCUUAAUGAUAAAUUAUAAAUAAGGAUAUGAAAUAAUAAUAAUAAGAAGAAAACAUCAUUACCUUAAGGAUGAAUUAUAGAUAAGAAUACAAAAUAAGAAGAACACACAUAAUACAUUAACUAAUAAGUAAAUAUUAAUACAAGAAUAACCUUUGUGUUUUUGCAUACUCACAACUGUAAACCUGUUUGCCAACCCAGUAUUUAUACAUUUUCUUUGGUAUCAUUAAUGUGACUGAUAUUUAGAUUAAGAAAUAAAGUGCUGUUUACCAAAUUGAGUGUAUCCAGGGGAAAAAUAUAAUUAUAACGAGCAUUUUGAUGUCUUAUAUUUUACAUUUUCAUGUUUAGUUUUUUAAGGUCAUUUUUGGAAACAAAAUACGGUCUGCAGAGAUUAGUGAGAGAGAGAUUUAUAUUUUUGUUCUUUGGCAAAUGCAUCUCCCUGCAUGCAUAGUGGCAUCUAAUAAACCUUACUUGCAGUUUGUUGUCUUGUGCUGCACUGUGCUAUCCUCUGGUCCCAAGUUUACAUUUUGUUUUUGUCUUUCUCACGUGCCCCUCUGUGCGGUUGUGCUUAGCUCUCUUGUGGUCACUCUUCAAAUCUUUGCCUCUUUCAUCUUGAGAGUUGUUGCCAGACACUUUGGACACAAGGAUGGAUCUUACACAAAAUGGGAUGUUGGUCCAUUGCAAAGAACAAAUUUAAUUUAUUCUGCACUCCUUGUCUGCAAAGACUGGCACUGGCAGGAUGGCAGUAGUCACUUGUUAUUUAGAUAUUUCAUUCUGGCCCCUACUGCCACUCCACAGCAUUCUGGUGACUAAUAAACCGUUGUGAAUGUCAUCUGUUCGUGCUGCUUCAAGUCUCGGUGUUUGGUUUUCUGUUGGGGUCAUCUCUGUGUCACAUUGUCUUAAAAGUGAGGAGCAAGAGGUAGAAGCUUCUCAAAACUUGCAAAUGAUGUGAUUCUGUUCUGCAAAGGUUUUAGGUUCAAUUCCAGACCAGGAGAGCUGUCAUGGCUGCCGGUUUGUACCGGGACCACUCUUGUAGAACUCCAAAAUAAGUUAACUUGUUGUUUACUAGUUUGUGCCCUUUUAGGUUAGCAGAGAACAGUUUGUGUCCGGGAGAGCCAAAGUGGCUGCAGGUUUUCAAUCUUUGAAAUGGUGACUGGAGCGAAGUUGCUGCUGUCUUGGAUUUGAGCAUGUGUAAGUGCAGAAUUAAUCCCAUUUAACUUUUUUUUGUCACUUUAACAGGGACUUUUU